AUGGGCUACCCUAAGGAUGAUGAAGAUGAGGACAGAGAGAAGAAAGGUUGCGAAAACGAGAUGUUCUUUGUUGAGGGCUCCAGUUCUGGAAGUGAACUGGAAUUCAGUUCUGAUUGUCAGCUACAUAGCUGUAGCCCUAAAAAGGCUUCAGAGAUGACCAGAGACCCCUCUCCUCCCAUGGUGCUGGCCUUCUGCCUGUCCACAGAACAAGUUCUACAGGAUCACAAACUGAGCCCAACAUCUUCUCCAUGCCCGUCCACGGAGGAAGCAGACACUGAUUCAGGGCCAAAUGACGAGCCCAUAGAGGACUGGAUGAUUCUAGGACGAGAGGAGCAGGAGGAGGACAGACACAUCCAGCUCAACCUGAGUUACCUGAGCGACAGUGCUGACCAUGGCUCUGGAAAUGAGGAUCACAACUCAUGUUCAGUUGAUGACCCCUGGGCUGUAUCAGAGAAAGAUAAGUCACAUUCAGAUACUGACCAGAUGCCCUCCGGUCGCUAUUUUACACCUGACCGCUCUGUGACCUGUCACAACUGCAAGAAGACUGGACACCUAUCAAAGAGUUGUCCCAGCCCUAAGAAGCGUUUCACCUGUAUGCUGUGUGGAAUCCACGGCCACUUCCGAAGGCAGUGCCCGGGCCGCCACUGCUCCAGCUGCGGACUACCUUGCCAUGGUCAGCAGCCCUGUCCCAGGCCACCCAUGUGGGAGCAAUACUGCCAACGCUGUGGGAUGACAGGACACCUCUCUGAUGGAUGCCCAGAUACAUGGAGACAGUACCACUUGACAACCCGUUCAGAGGUCCCGCUGAGGCCGCAGCAGACCUACACCCUUAAGCUGCUCAAACACCAUGUCCACUGCUAUAAUUGUUCCAAAAGAGGACACUACGGCUAUGAGUGUACUAGGAAGAGAAUGGUGAGUGGGACAUUUCCCUUGGUGCCCUAUGUCUGCCGCUAUGACACUGUGGAGGACAUCCACCAGUGUUGCGCCAGGAUACAGAAAAAAACCAAAGAGCUUGUGAGAGCUGGUUCCAUUUCUCUCUCUGAACGCCAACGCUCCUUCCAGCUAAUAGGAGAGAUUGAUGAAGAAAGUCAACCCACACAGGGCAUCAAAGGGAAGACGAAGAGGAGCCAGGGGGUGAGCAGUAGGGAAAGGAGGACAAAAAAUUUGUUGGAGAGGCACAGAGAGAGACGGGAGAUGAAGAGGCUAAGGAGGGAGGCCCAAGCAAGACGAGAAGGGGGACUACCAGGGAGAUCUGGGACUGACUCAGAAGAUGCCUACCCCAUGGACCCUUUCAGGAGUUCCACUGCUGAGCAGAGAGGUGAUAAACUUCUACCACGGAAGAAGAUGAAAAGGGAUGAGGGGAGGGCUGAAAGGAGAACACAUAGCAGGAAGAGUCGUGAGGCAGAGAGAUGGAAGAAAAGAGGGGGAAUGAAACGCGGGUAUCUUUACCCACACCAUGAGCUGGGGGCAGUGGAUGAACACCUCAUGUCCCCUAAAAACAGGGUACGGCACCGCAGAAAAUAAUGUCUUUAUGCAUGCUCAA